AUGCGCAUCUCAUCCACCAUCCUCCUGGCGAUGCCUCUCGCGGCCUCGGCCGCCGACUCCCUCUUCGACCAAUACAAGGCGCAGUUCCAAAACAUACUCGGAAACUGGGGCUACUCCUCGGGCGGCUCGGCCGACUCGGCCGCGGGCGCUGGCUCUGACGCAGCCCCCGAGGCCAAGGCUGAGGUUGUUGAUGACUUUGCGGACGCGACCUUCGCUGCCGAGGGCGAGGAGCCGCGGGUGUCGGGGUCGACUUUGUCCGUCUUGACUAUUAACAACUGGAAGGAUACUCUAUUUGCGCCGGUCCAGGAGGGUGCGACUACUCCUGAGGAGUGGUGGGUUCUCAUUACGGGUCGGAACAAGACCUGCGGUGGAAGACACUGUGUCAGGGCUGAGGCAGCCUUCAACGAAACGGCAGACCACUUCGCAACCCUGCCCGAAGCCCCCCAUAUGGGCCUCAUCAACUGCGACAACGAACCCGUCCUCUGCAACGCCAUCAGCUGCGGUCCCGGCAGCCUCUGGAUCCUCGACGUUCUCCCGCCGCCCCUCAACGUCGACAUCAACAUCAAGCGCCUCAACCUCACGACCGUCGAGGCCAAGGACAUCAUCGGCUACCUUCCGCGCGAGGGCAGGAAGGAGGCCGGGUUCCGCCCGUUCAUCUCGUACUUCCACCCCUUCGACGGCCCUCUGGCCAAGUACGGCGUUCUCAUCCCAUUGGGCUACGUUGCUUGGGUGUUUUCGUUCAUUCCCAAUUGGCUGUUUAUGUUUGCCGUUUCUGCCAUCAGCAGGACUAUGAUGACCAACCGCAUGCGAAACACGGAGGAGCGUCGGGCAGCCCAGCGUGCUGCUGCUGCUGCCGGUGCCGCACCUGCCGCCGGCGCUGGUCAGUAA